AUGAGUGAAUACAAAAAAAUUGUUCUUCUAAAAGGAUUAGAGUAUAUGGAAGACUACCACUUUAGAAUAAUUAAGUCCUUACUAAGAAGAGAUCUACACCUGUCUGAAAGGAAGCAAAGUGAUUAUGACAGAAUUCAGAUUGCUGACCUGAUGGAGGAUACAUUCCCAAAAGAUGCUGGACUCUGCAAACUGAUAGGAUUUUGUCAAGAAAAUAAAGAUUUUAAAUACCUUGUUGAAGAUCUUAAAGCAGAGGAAGCAAAAGUUGAAAAACAAAAGAAAGGAAAGAACAAAACUGCAGUGGAAGGAAAGCAAGGGGAGCCCAGCAGUGCCCAUGGUCUUUGCUCCAGUAAUGCACCCUCUUCAGAGGAAAAACAAACUGCAGAAAGUGAAAAUGGCAAAAAAAGGAAGCUUAAACAAGAGCAGACUCAGUCUCUAGAACCUUCAGGAGGGAACACACAGAAAGAUGAAGGUUGUCUCCAGACUUUUCAGAAGCCUCCAACACCAUCCAGCAAUUCCUCCAACAAGAAACAGAAAACCACAAACACCAAAAAACAGAGUACUCUAAAGACAGAUGAUUGGCAGAACAAACACCAGCUUCUAGGAUUGUCAGCCAGCAGCAACUCCUCAGCUGCAUGGGAAGGCCAGACUCUUCAGGGGCUCGCGGCAACAGCUUCUAGCAGCCUCAACACUCCCCAGACAUCUCCAGAAACAUGUGACUCUUUAAAAAUAUCUCAAGGCUCUCCAGCACCACCCUGCCAAAGUUUGCUAACAUCUCCAGUAUCAGACUCUAGCAUCCAUCCGAACUCUCCUGUGACCCUUACACAAUCCAAUCGUGUCCAAUCUCCUUAUGUACCUUCAUCAACAGCAUCCAGUAAUGUCUGGGUCCCUAGUGUGUCUUCAGAAACGGUGUCCAGUUCUCUCAGUGCUCCUCAGAUGUCUCCAGUAGCAGGGUCCAUCAGUGCCCAGAGCCAUCACCUACUUACAUCAGCAGCAUUCAAAAGCAUGCAGGGUUCUCACAGUCCUCAAGUAGCAGCAUCCACAAGUGUCCAAACCACUACAGAGCCUUCAGCAACAAUGAAAAGCAAAGCCUGGGUCAUAAAGAUGCCUCCAGCAACAGCAUCCAGCAGUGCUCAGAUUCCCCGUGCUCCUCCAGAAGCAGUGUCCGGGAAUGUUUACACCAGUCAGAUAUCUCAAAGAACAAUGUCCAGUAGCGUUCAGCUUCUUAACUCUGUUACAGUAAAAGUGCCCAAGAAUGCCCAGGUCCCAGGUCCCUUAGCAACAGUACCUGGUCAUUUCCCAGCUACUUUACCAUCACCAGCAACAGCUUCUAGUAGUCUCCAGGCUUCCAAGGUACUUCCACCAUCAACAUCCAACAUUCUUCCAGAUCCUCAGGCACCUAUAUCAGUACUGACAAGGAGAGCCCAGAUCACUGAAAUGCAUCCAGGAGCAGCAUCCACCUUCAUCCAGGCUCCUCAUGCUCCUCCACUGACAGUGUCCAGAAGUUUGUGCCCCACUCUAGUGCCUCAAGGAGUAGCAUCCAGUACUGGUCAGGCUCUUCCCUGUCCUAAAGUAAAGGCACCUACAUUUGCCCUGGCUCCCCAGAUGCCUUCAGCAACAACAUCUGAAAGUCUCCUAACUCCAAGGGAGUCUCCAGCAACAGCAAUCAAUGUUCUCCAUGAUCCUCUGAGGUCUCCAGCAACUACAAGCAGCAUUUCAUGCAGGACACCAAGGAGGGGAAACAUACCAAAGGAACCUGCUAAGGAAGAAGGAUACCAACAAGGUCCCAAAGAAGUGAUGGUUUUGAAAGUAACAGAACCAUUUACUUAUGAUUUGGUUGAUGACAAAAGGAUGUUCCAUGCCACAGUGGCGACUGAGAACGAAUUCUACAGAGUGAAGAUUUUUGAUCCAGUUCUAAAGAACAAGUUCAUUCCAAAUAAGAUUAUUGCCAUAUCAAAUUAUUUUGGCUCAAAUGGGUUUCUGGAAAUUCGCGAAACUGCCUAUGUGUCUGAUGUAGACAAGAACAGAACCAUGAAUAUCUCAAAAACACUGAGGAAAAGAGCCAAUGCGACUCCUAAAAUUAGGGAUCUUUUCUCACAGGCACAGGGGACAUAUGUGAAUGGAGAGUUUGUGGUAUAUAAGAAAACUGAGAGUAAUUCCUCCAUUUACUAUGGAAUUGAAGAUGAUACAGGGAUAAUGGAAGUGGAGGUCAAUGGAAAAUUGACCAGUAUAAAGUGUGAGCCAGGCCAAAAACUUCGACUCGUCUGUUUUGAAUUGUCCUCGAGCAAAGAUAAAUGGCAGCUGAAGUCUGUAAGACAUAGUUACAUACAGGUCAUCAAUGUCAGAAAAAACGUCCUUCAAGCCUGAUUCAGAUUAGAAAACCUGGAUGCCAAGGAUACUAUUUACUAAGAAAAUAUCCAAGUCCAGAAAAUAAAUGUAUAUAUGACCUGUUGAAACAACAUACCUAUAAAAUCCAGCUCUUAAUUAUAGGAAAUGGUGCUCUUAGAUCCUUUAUACAAUUUUGUAUCAUGUAAAUUCCAUGUUUUGUAUUUAUAACUUUUAUCACUUAAUCUAUAAAGUUUUAUAUAUAAAACUUGAUAAAAAAAACAUUUUCUGUAAAGCAGUGAUUCCUUGGGAAUAUAUUUCAACCAUUUGAACAUUGCUGUAAAAUACAAAGUUAGUGUACUGCAGAAAAAAACUGUAGCAUAUAGGCUUCAUGCGUGAUGUUACGGCCAAAGCAUGUUCAAAAACAAAUAGACUGUGUUGCCCAGAAAGGGCAAAGCAUGGGGAACAGUUUAGCAACUUGAGCCUCCACUUUUCUUGUUUGAUAACCACAAUUGCACUUUCCAGCCAGAGACCAUUAUCUGCAUCUACUGUAUACACACAUUCUUCUACCAAUAUACCUGAAACCUAUUGACUGCAUGGACACUCAAAUAUAUAAAGUUGCAAAUAUAUAUAUUUGGGAGCAUGUAUAAGACAAACUGUACUCAAAGAGAAAUUUUAUGAUGACUAUCCUAUUUACCACCUCCUUUCUCUGUAUAAUUGUGUAUAAACAAACAAAAUAAAAUACUGUGUGAAAAGGGCAUGUACAGAAAGUCAAUGCCUACCUAAUCUAGUCCUGUCAGUUGGAGUAAAAAUUCACCCAUGUAACACUCCCACAGCACCCCAACUCCUUCUCCUAAACCCCAUAAAAGUGGCUCCAAACAAAAGCUGGGGCCCUUGAGCAUCUUUCCUCAUGUGACCACUGUUGCUCUUCACACAUAUUCCUGUCUGCUCUGUACGGCCACUGUGCUUUGAGCAAAAUUUCACGGAUUCUUUAAAACCUAUAUGAGCCUUUAUCCCAAAUCUUUGAAUGAAAGGGGAAGAUGUUGGAAAAACAUAGCUUAGACCCUGACCAUCACCACAUCCUGUAAGAAAGAUACAGGAAGAAAUCGCACCAAAUGCUGAAGGUUUGGUCUUGGGUUCCCCAGCUUGCAGAUCUGUGAACAUUACAUUUAUCCCCUUUAUAGAACACUUUAUCAGUAAUGUCCUUACAUAAAACAAAACAGACUCAGAGAGAAGAAAAUCAUGACUUGUUUUUAAUAGUACGAGACAGGUAAUUUUAUCUUAUAUAGACAUAAAGUUUCAAUUUAUAUAAUCUACGAAUGCUUUGCAACAAAGAUGAGAGUAACAGUGCCAAAUCUACCUGUACACAGUAGACUGGAACCAUCCUCUAUCUGCGUUGCAUGACAAUAUUCUUGGAGAGAUGUGAAUAACAUAUCUAUUCACCCCAGUUCAGAUCUAACUAAAUUCCAAUUUGGUGAACCAGUGGGAUUUAUUUUUACUGUGGUUCUUUUGUGAGUAUUGAUGAUGUGUUACUCACACGAGCAAAAAUGACAGCUGUAGGAAUUCCACUGCCAGUAGCCUUUAAGUCACCCACCCACUUGAGCGUGGCCUCUUAUUCUAUAUAUAUGCCAAUGUAAAGCUAAUGUCCAGCCUCUUUCCCGGCUGCUGGAUUUGGUUGCUGUUCCCUAUU